ACUGGGAAUUUAGAAACUUCGCGAAUCAUCAACGAUGGGGAAGGACUAUUACAAGAUUCUUGGUAUAUCUAAAGGUGCAAAUGACGAUGAAAUAAAGAAAGCUUAUAGAAAGCAAGCGCUUAAAUAUCAUCCUGAUAAGAACAAGUCUCCAAACGCAGAGGAGAAGUUCAAAGAGAUUGCGGAAGCGUACGACGUUUUAUCCGAUCCUAAGAAGAAAGAAAUAUAUGACAAAUAUGGUGAGGAGGGACUGAAGGGUGGACCUUCUUCGAGCGAAGGUGGACAAGGCUACACUUACACUUUCCAUGGUGACCCACGAGAAACAUUUAGGAUGUUCUUCGGCACGGAUGACCCUUUCUCGGGGUUUUUCACAUCAGGAGGUAGGCGUAGUACCGUAGGAGAGCCUAUGAACGUCGAUGAUUUCUUUGGCAGCACACCUUUUGGAGGUUUCUUUGAAACUAGAAAUGUCAGCACGACAGGUGGUCGAAAACCUCAACAGGAUCCUCCAAUCUAUCAUGACUUGUCAGUUUCGCUUCAAGACGUUCUUCAUGGAACGACUAAGAAAAUUCGUAUUACGAGAGCUCGUUUGAAUCCAGACAGACAAACCACUCGUCAGGAAGAAAAGACGGUUGAAAUCGAAGUUAAAAAAGGUUGGAAAGCUGGUACAAAAAUCACGUUCCCUCGGGAGGGUGAUGAGAGUAUUAAAGGCAAUGUUCCUGCCGACGUUGUUUUCGUUGUUAAAGAUCGAACACACAAACAUUUCAAGCGUGAAGGUAGCGAUGUACGUUAUGUGGCUAAAAUUAGCCUAAAACAAGCUCUUUGUGGGGGUACUAUCUCGAUACCAACAAUCGAUGAAGGACAAAUAAACAUCCAACUCACUGAAAUUAUCAAACCUGGGACAACCAGACGUAUUCCACAUCAAGGUCUUCCCUUUUUGAAGGAACCUAGUCGCCUUGGCGAUAUGAUAGUUGAAUUUCAGGUCGUUUUUCCAGAUUACCUAUCAAAUUCGCAGAAAUCCCAGUUAGCAUCAAUAUUACCCAACUAACCAUGAAUGAAAGAUGAAUUCGACAACAAAAAUCAAAUGACUUUCAAACAUUAAUUGAUCAAAUUUUAUUACGGAAAUCAAUUGCUUUUUGUUAAUGUUCGUCACAAGAACAACAAGCCUUCAUCUAAAAACUAUUUUCAUUUUACUAUUCCUUCAUUAUCCAUGAACUUCAUCAUAUAAUCUCCUUUUCGAUAUUUAGGAACAAUUUAUGACCUAAUGUCAUCCUAUGUUCCAAUUAUUUUUAAAUUUAAACACAAACAUUGGUACAAGGAAGCACCAAAAAGAUAUGCACCACAUAAAUCAUUCAAUUUGUAUAAAGGCUGAAAUACUUCCCGGGUGCCCAAACCGAAACAAAUGGUUGUCUUAGGGGAACACACACAUGGAGAAUUAGUGCAUAUUUUCUAUCAGAUAAGUAUUAGACACUUGAAUCAUUGUUUUCUUAUAUUCUCAUGCUUUUACGUUUUUGUUGGGUUCAUAAUUCACUGUACUGUGUUGUGCCUUCCUUAGGUUACUGUGAGUUUACUACAGAAUUAUUAAUUAGAUCUAUUUCACUUAUGGUGUAGCCCUGCGUACAUUGUAUUUUCCUUUUUAUGCUGCUAUGCAUUCAAGCAACUAGUAUGUAUAGUCGCACGAAUUUUGAGUUACAAACUAAACUGUACAACAAGUUUAUCUGUCUGUCGUA